AUCAAGAAAAUUUCUAAUAAUAUUUUUUUAAUUAUAUUAAUUUUUGGGUCAUUAAUUACAAUUUCUGCUAAUUCUUGGCUUGGUGCUUGAAUAGGGUUAGAAAUUAAUUUACUUUCAUUUAUCCCCCUAAUAAAUGAAGGUAAAAAAAAUUUAAUAACAUCCGAAAGAAGCCUAAAAUACUUUUUAACUCAAGCUUUUGCCUCUUCAAUUUUAUUAUUUGCUAUUAUUUUAAUAAUAAUAUCCUUUAAUUUAAAUUGAAUAAAUAAUAAUUUUUAUGAAUUAUUAAUUUUAUCAACAUUAUUAUUAAAAAAUGGAGCUGCACCUUUUCAUUUCUGAUUUCCUGGAGUAAUAGAAGGAUUAAGUUGAAUUAAUGGAUUAAUUCUUAUAACUUGACAAAAAAUUGCCCCUUUAAUAUUAAUUUCCUAUAAUAUUAAUUAUAAUUUUUUUUUUAUUGCUAUUAUUUUAUCGAUAAUUAUUGGAGCUCUAGGAGGUCUUAAUCAGACUUCUUUACGUAAAUUAAUAGCUUUUUCUUCAAUUAAUCACUUAGGUUGAAUAUUAAUAGCAAUAAUAAAUAACGAAUUAUUAUGAUUAAUUUAUUUUGUUUUUUAUUUUUUCUUAUCAAUAUCAAUUGUUUUACUUUUCAAUAAUUUAAAAUUAUUUCAUUUUAAUCAAAUUUUUAAUUUUUCUAUAAUAAAUCCAGUAAUUAAAUUUUUUUUAUUUUUAAAUUUACUAUCUUUAGGAGGAUUACCUCCAUUUUUAGGAUUUUUACCUAAAUGACUAGUAAUCCAAAAUUUAGUAGAAACAAAUCAAUUAUUUUUAUUAUUUAUUUCUGUCUGUUUAACAUUAAUCACUUUAUAUUAUUAUUUGCGAAUAUCUUAUAGUAUUUACAUAUUAAAUUUCAAUAAAAAUUCUUGAAUGUUAAUGAAUAACUUUAGCAAUAAAAAUAUAACUUUUAUUUUAACUAUAAAUUUUUUUUCUAUCAUAGGGUUAAUAAUUAUUUCAUUAAUUUACCUAAUUUUAUAA